AACAGUUGGAAAUAUUACCAGGAAGACGUUACAGAAUGUUUGUCGCUUGCAUUGCGACAUCGCCUGUGCUGUUACUGUUGUCGUCCAUCGUCGGGUUGAUAGACUCCUACACGAUAGUAUUCAACCCGUCAUCGCCUGUAUUCACAAAUGGCACCAACAAUGCUGUCUUGGAAUGUUCAAUCUUACCAAUGGCCUCUGGAAUGUCCCUGAGACUUUUCCAUGAAGCACGGGAGUUGGGAUCGGAAACCGGAAAGCGUCUUACGUCGUCAGGAUCAAGUACCACGAUAACAAUUGAUACAAUUACAUUGGCUGACAAGGGUAAUUACACGUGUAAGGCGUACAAUGGAUCCACGGAAGUUGCUUCUAGAUCCACAGAUUUGAAAGUCUACGAGAUUCCGCGUUUAGCCGUGUUUCCCCCUACAUUGGAGAUCGCGGGUAAACAAACUUCAACUUUGAGAUGCUCUGUCAACAACCCCGCCCAUAUCAGCCCCGCCCAAGACACUAGCAUCAUCUGGUGUAAAGAUGGCAUGAACAUUACAAGUGCAGUGGGAUCGGUUAAAUUGGUCGGCAAGGAGUCUCAUCUAACAAUCACAUCUGUGGAAGUGGGGAGUACGUAUGGCUGUGGAAUCAGGGGCUAUCUUUGCUCUGCACAUACAAUAACUCGUCCUUUAACAACAACAUCUACCACCCACGUACCAACGGCAAACGUGUCAAUCUCAGGAGGCGUCACAUCAGACUACACGUUUCGUGACAAAGAUUCAAAUGCCAGUGUAAGCUGUGACCUUACGAGUUCACCGCCGACAGAUCUCACGAUACAAUGGUUCAGGAACGGAUUUCGGCUUCAGAAUACUGCCCUCCGUGUUCAUAUGUCUCAACAUGAACUCGCUCAUGGUCACUUCGUUGGAACACUUCAUUUCUCAAUAAUUUAUCGUCGGGAUGCGGAUUUAUAUUCUUGCAAAACAUCAAAAUCUGCAAGAGAAUGGACCUCAACAAUACACGUGUAUUCUCACCCGAUAUUACAGUUGAUAUCGGACCCACCAUUUGUCGACGACGGCUCUAACGCCACACUCACAUGUAAUUUAUCUAACAAGGACUCUUCGGAACCUGGUGCAUUUGCAAACAUCACAUGGUUUGAAAAUGGAAAACCCCUGCAAGAAACUGGAAGGAACAUAACGAAAACUGGACUCGGCUCAGAGAAGCUGUACAUUGACAAAGUCUCAGAAGACACCGUUUUCUGCUGUUGCCUAAAUAUCACAUGUUCUCGAAAAGCGAAACUUACAAUACUCAAGAAAGAUUCAGCAGUUUGUAAACCAGAGCCGGAUAGUAAAGGAAGAAACUGGACAAAGGCAAAAGCUGGAGGAACCAUGGUAAACGUGUGUCCAGUGGCCUAUGAUGGUACCAUAUCCCGUAGAUGCAAUGAACGUGAACAGUGGGAGGAUCCCAAGGAUUUCUCUUGUGUCAAUCAAACAUUGCUUGGUCUGAUCGAUAAGCUGGAAAACAUAGAAGAAAGACUUGAGCCUAAAGACAAUAUCAGAAAUUUACUUCUCAACUUCCGGAAUAUAACGUCGAACAAAGAGCUUCCCCUAACUGCCGGUGACCUUAACACAAGUAUUACCCUCCUGGAGGACAUCGCCACAUUUUUUAACAGCUCUGAAUACAUACUUAAAGAUGUUACAAAGAUCUUCCUCGACAUUGUUGAUGAGAUCCUUUCGUUGGAGAAGAAGAAAGACUGGGACUUGGUAACAGAGAUGACAGAAGUUCCAAGAGCAUCGUCUCUCUUAGAUAUACUUAAACUUCUCGGCGAAGCCAGUGGUCACCAUCAAACAGAUCAGGUGAUUGAUGUCACCGGACGUAAUUUAAUCUUUCAGGUGACGAACACAACGAAGCCUGUUGACAUCAUAUUCCCAUCCAAAUAUAAUGCUAAUGGCACAGCAACACUGAAGCUUAAUCAGAUUACACUGCAGAACAUAGCAACUGAACCUAGAGGCCAUUUCAUAAUUGUUUUGGUAUACUUCAGUACACUAUCGCAGUUUAUAUCAACGGCGCACACAUCGGCGAGCAGAGCCGACUGUGUCAACAGAGCGACGUUUGAUUUCAUUGAGGACUCUGCAAUCGUUUCUCUGCACAUUUACAGGAAUAAUCCAGGAGAAAGACGCACUUACAUUCUCGACUUAAAUCCAGGAAUUGAAGUGCAUAAUCCACACAAUACGGUUCCAGUCGAUAAACAGCUGUGUGUGGAAAUGGAUCAUACUGAAAUGGGAUGGUCAACUUGUUCUGCCACGAAAAAGUCUGGAAAUGAAACCAUCACUUUCUGCACAUAUCAACAGACAGGGAACUAUGGUGUUGCUGAGAACACCGUGAAGAUCCCAGAGAUAAUGAUUCUGGCUAUAAAGAUCGUGGCUGGAAUCCUUCUCCUGGCAGUGGUAGUAAUGGCGAUCAUGAAUUUCUUGGCGGAACAAAAUCGAACGGAGCAUUUAAUUGCGUUAAGUAUGCACAGUUCAGUGGCCAUUUCGUACGGCCUGUUGGUGUUUGGUGGGACGUCGUCAGAAAAUAAGGAUAUCUGUUCUAACAUCGCCAUUUGCAUCAACUUUUUCUUUCUGACGACGUCGUUUCUGACACUUUCGUUGAGUCUUUCAACUGUAGAACAGGCAAAACGAUUCGCCAUCGGUAUGCUUAUCGCAUCACUGGCUCUGCCGUUAAUAAUCAUCAUUAUAUACUUAUCAGUAAAAGGCAAGUCAGGCUACGGGUCCAACGACGUGUGUGUUCCAUCAACAACAAACAAUGCUCUAUAUCUUCUUAUCAUUCCUCUACUAGCAGUGGCCGUGGUACAGGUUAUAUUGUGUAUCAUUGUGGGCAUAACAGGCAAAGAAGGCAAAAGAUGUAAAUGCGUUAACAAAUACAGGUCAGUUUAUUGCAGGUCAGUUUUUCGUUCACUGAGGCUUGGUACGGAAACUGGAAUUGGAAUUCUUUUGUCAUUGCUUACAGUAUAUUCUCAAGAAACUAUCGAUGUCCUAUUUUCCAUUGUUGGCGUGGUCCAGACAUCUUUGUAUGUUUUAGCCGAGUUGGAAUUGCCACGGGAAAAUGCUGUUUGGCCUUCUCCCAGUUUGCAAUCAAAGAUCGACGCUAAAUAUCCACCGGAAAAUGCUACUGGGAAUAUUCUGGCGACGCUUUCACCAGAGGAAGCUAAACAAACGGCUCCAAAAAAACACCGACAGUCUGCCUCAAACCAGUGAAUAUUUGUUGGGCUCUACAUUUGGAACUACCAUCUACUGAGUAUUAUUUGGAUUUUGUGAAUCGGUUUAAUUCAUAAUUAGAUUACAUUUUAGUUUUGUUAUUUUCAAGGUAAGAAUAUAACUCCACAGCAGUCUGUGCGUGGCGUAAAAGGCGACCAAAUGGAUCGUGUGGUUAGGAUGUGACUUGGUUUGUUUCAUGUCACCGUAUCCCAUUGUCGUGGAUCGAUGCCCAUAAUAUCAAACACUGGAUGUCUGGUUCAGACAUUAAUUACAGACCACCGCCAUGUAGGUGGAAUAUCUCUAUCUGUGGUGUUUAACAAACAAACAUACUUUUCUGGCUUAUAUUAUAAUGCAAAACAAUCAGUAUAUCACACUGACAUCAUAUAGGUAUCCAAGAACAGGAAAACUAAGAACAGGAAAACCAUGAACAUAGGAAAACUAAGAACAGGAAAACCUAGGACAACCAAACCCUACCCACAAGAUCAAAUGCAGAUGUGACGAAACAUACAUCGGAGAAACAUAAAGAUAUCCGACCACAAACACCAAAGAUUAACUGACAAAAAGAGACUCCAAAUCCGCCAUUUGAGAUCACAUUCAACAAAGCCCCUGUCACCAGCUCCAUUGGACCAGCCCCAUGUGCCUUGCCGCCAACCACUAAACAACAUCACAAAACCUGCCAUCCACAUCAAACGAUUAAAGCCUGCUUCGUCAUGCCAUCAGCCUAUCAUCAUCUUAGAUUUAAGAGGGGAUUCCAUGAGAUCCUAGAUCUUGUCUCCUCAUGUGAAGAAGUUGCUGUUGAUGAAUUGGGUGCUGCUGUCUGUGAUCAUUUUGGUGUAGAUGUGUUAUUCCGUGUUGUAAAGUCUGGAACGGAUAGCCUGCAGGGCUUCGUCUAUUAGUACUCAAUUCUAAUAUAUUUAUCAUCUGGCCCAAUCUCUUUAAAAUGUGCGAAAUAGUUUUGUAACUUUAUGGACUUUAUGUGACCAGAUUUAUUGUAUAACUUUUCAGUAAAAUUGAAAAAAUUAAAUAGAACAUUUUGCAUACAUUAUAUAUCUGCCAUCUUGUAUGUUUAUAAAUUGUAUCAUGUACAUGUAUGUACUCAUGUAAAGGACUGUGUUGUAAAGUACUGUCGGAAAUGCUAGAACACUGCUUUUCUGGCUUCAUUUAAUAAAUACAAGUCAUAGGGCUAUGAAAAUAGCAUAUAUCAAAGUUAAGCAAAUUGACCUUAUCUAGCCUUUCCUAACUGACACUGACACAUAAAGUGUACGUUUAUUGGUUAAAUGAUGGUAAACUCAGAAAAUAUUCGUGUGUUGUCAUGCAUGUAUGAAACGGCCUAUAGCAUGAGGUAUUACCUAACACCUGUCCCGAGGUGAUGACCUCACACCGGCCCGUGCAUUCUCACAGGUGCAAAUGUCACCCGACAUCGGCUCACAGUGAACGUUUUGUCCGAGAUUUUAUGCGUACUUCACUUCACUUCGAACAUGAUGAACCACCAGUGAGUAUAGACAGAUCUCACAGAUUACGCUCUAAAUCCGGACAGAGACCAGUUAUUGUGAAAUUGAAAAGAUAAAUGCCAGGUUCUUGAUGCUGCUCGGAAAUAUCUGAAAGGUAAAAAAAGACUUUGGGGUCAAUUAAGAUUUCACUGAGUGAGAAAGACACGUUCUCAAUUGGUUCCUUUGAUGAUGAAGGCACGCGAGAAAAACAAGAUAUCUUAUCUCAGCUAUGACAAACUGAUAAUUGACGGCACUGUAUAUACGUGGGAUGGGGAGGCUUCAGAUAUACAGCAGGUUUGGAACUGGGGUUCUAAAUCAGCUGGAACAUCUGAACCGAGGGACAGCACCCAGACAGAGGCCCCAAUGUCUUACUUUCUAAUAGUGUAAGUGUAAACAACACCAUCAGUGUCGGCAGCUUCAUCGCUACAGAUGGCAAUCCUCUACCAGUGAGUCCGCACACCGGAAUAGACGAUGUAAUUCGUUUGUCAAAUACAGCACACGGUGUCAGUUCUCCAAACACUUAUAACAGGCAUAUUGUUAUUGUUAUAGACUACUACUACUACUACUACUACUACUACUACUACUACUACCACCACUACUACUACUACUACUACUACUACUACUAGAAUAUUGUGAAUACUACUACUACAACUACUAGUAAUAAUAAUACACAGUAUAAUGUAAGCACUGUUAUUAAUGUGUGUACAUGGAACAUUUAUGGACUUGUGUCUAAAGAAGAGUCAGCUGACUUCAUUUCAUUCUGUGAAAAUUUAGAUAUAUCUAUAUUCUGUUUUAUAGAAACCAUGUGUAUUGAUCCCAAGACCGUUUUGAACAAACUAUUAUGUAACUUUGGUACCUUUGUUUGUAACCUAAAGCGGUUUUCCAGUCGAGGUAGAUUGUCUGGAGGGUUAGCAGUAUGUGUGAGAAAGACGUUGACACAUCUUUUUGAAAGAGUUUACAGCCACUGGAAUACUAACUUUUUUUCAGAAUUAAGGAUAAGUUGUCUCCAUUUACCAUUUUCUUGGUGUUUGUUUAUAUCCCCCCUGAACGCUCACCGAUGUACAGUAACAGUGAAGAAAACGGCAUUGAUCACUUGGACCAACAACUGAUGCACAUUAUGUAUGACUAUGGAGAAACAUGUACAUUUAUCCUGUCUGGCGAUUUUUACGUUAGAACCGGGUGUGAAUUAGAUUAUUUUUUGGAUGAUGGUUUGAAUACUUACCCCACUGAUGAAGAUUACAAGGCAGAUUAUGUUAGUUGUUUUAGAAAUUCUCUUGAUGCAAAUGUUAAUAAUUCUGGUAGAAGUCUAUUGGACUUCUGUAAGCUAUUUGGUGUACAUAUUGUAAAUGGGAGUUCUGUACUAGAUAGUUCUGGUAACUUUACCUUCAUCUCCCAUACAGGUUGCAGUGUUGUAGAUUAUUUUAUUGUAUCUACUGUGUUUUUUCCAAAUGUAUUAGAAAUGUCAGUUUCACCACACACAGAGUCUGAUCACUUACCUAUGUUAUGCAGUUUCAAGGAUAUUGUUACUGGUGGAGUCUACAAGGAAAGCACUGCCUCUGUUAAUUUAUCCUAUGUUCCUAAAUAUAAAGUAUCUUCAGAAGUUUUCAUCUUAUGCUAAGUAUCUCCGCGAAGAUAUGUGUAAAGUGAUGUUUUAAGAAUAUAUAUUGUUGGUAGAUCAAAAUGUAAAUGCUGCAGUAUGUAAGCUCACAGAUAUCAUACUGCACAGUGCAAAUACAGGUUCAGGUAGACAAAGAUAUCAGCCUCAGUGGUUUGAUAAGGAGUGCGAGUUUUAAAAGUCCGAGAAAUAGAGACUUUUGAAUAAAUUUAGAAAUAAGUUGUAAGUGUGAUUCAAAAGUAAAGCAGUACAUAACAGUUUGGGAAGACAGGGAAAAAGGCCAUACAGAGAAGUCCACUGAGAAGUUAUAUAUCUCCAAGUGACUGGCUGAUUUACUUAAGAGAUCUUCGUAAUCCCUUACAUGGAAUUGAUAAUAAUAAGUUUGAUUGUGUUGUGGAGGAGUUUCUGCUCUCUCAUACAUGUGAUAACUGUAAUGAUUUACCCUUUUCGGAUGAACUCUUGUCAGGUGAGAUCACUGAAAGAGAGGUCGCGGACGCUAUCAAUAAUCUGAGUACGGACAAGUCCGCAGGUGAAGAUGGGAUAUCCCCUGAUUUCUUUAAACUACCAUCGGAUCUCUUUUCACCGUACUUGAAAUUAUUGUUCAAUAAGAUUUUAGACAUGGGUGUUUUCCCAGAAUCGUGGAAUAUAAGUAUGAUUUUUUCAUUAUAUAAAUCUUGGUCAGUUUUUGAACCAACUAAUUAUAGAGGCAUUUCACUAUUAAAUGUUAUGGGAAACAUCUUCAAGUCAAUCAAAGAAAAACGUUUGAGAAUAUGGAUGGAAGUAAAUGAUUUACUGUCCGAGUCUCACGCAGGGUUCCGACCAAACUAUUCUACUGUUGAUAAUUUGUUUGUUUUACAAGCUCUUUCAUCUAAAUAUAUCUGCAAAACCAGAGGUCGCUUUUAUUGUGUAUUUAUUGACUUUAAAAAAGCUUUUGACUUUGUUAAUAGGAAAAACAUUGAUGUAUUUACUUAUUACUAAGGGAUGUCAUAGUAAAUGUCUGUACUUUUUAAAAACAUGUAUGCAUCAGUCAGCGCAUGUAUUAAGGUCAAUAAUGAACGUACGGACUGCUGAUUUACAACAUCCUCCGGUGUACGACAAGGUUGUGUUUUAAGUCCGUUGUUGUUUAUAUUUUUUAUAUGAGAUAUUUGUAACCCAAGAAAUAAUGGACACUAUGCUCCUUCUCUUUGCUGAUGUUGUUGUAAAUUUUCCUAUUCUGUAAAUGGCUUGCAAAAACAGAUAAAUGAGUCUUGAAGUAAAUCUGAAUAAAACCAAUGUUGUAGUUUUUAGAAAAGGUGGUAUUGUUGCAAAACAUGACAAGUGCUUGGUUCGUCUGCCUUGAGUGUAGUCCCUUGCUAUAAAUAUUUAAGUCUUAUGUUUUCCUGUAGAUUGUCAUGGUCUAUGGCAUGUAAGCAAUUAGCUGUUCAGGCGUCGAAAGCCAUUAUGCCGCUUUAUGAUUUAUCCAGGAAAAAUAGUUGUGUCUUUUUUCACAGAAUGUACCAUUUUUUAAUGCAAAAUUAUGCCUAUACUAUUGUAUGGUUCUGAAAUAUGGGGUGCAAAGUAUUACGCUGCAAUUGAAAAAGUUCACACUACAUAUUUUAAAUGUUUUCUAGGUGUUGGUAAGUUUGCCACAAACAAGGUAAUCCUUGGUGAAACAGGCCCUAGUAAUAUUUUUGUAGCCAGCCAAUUAAGGGUAAUUAAGUAUUGGAUUAAGUUACUUAGAAUGAUGCCUGAUAGAUACCCAUAUCAGUGUUACAAAAUGUUAAAGGUACUUGAGGAUAGUGGUAAAAAUAAUUGGGUUUCAGAUGUGAGAAAUCUAUUAUUUGUUAUUAUUUCAUUUCAUAAAUGUAAUGUAAAUAUAUGUCGCAGGUCCAAAAACGGUGAUAUUGUGAACUCUAUUUGUACAAACUGUACAUCCGGAGAAGUAGAGGAUAAAUACCAUGUCUUACUUAUGUGUGAAACGUAUUCCCAUUUAAGGUAUAAAUUUCUCCAUAUGUUGCAAUGUAUUUUAAAUGAUAAAUCUGCUGAAACUCUGAAAAUCCUGGUAUGAUCCAUGCUGUUUCCAUAUUCUUAAAACAUGUCUUUAUAAAGCGGAAUGUGUAACUUGAUUUAAAAUCUAAUCAUGUUCAUCAAGAGACAAAUGUUAAUAUCCAAUCUGCAUUGUAUCAUGGGCCCUGAUGCCUAAAUUACUGAAUAAACUGUCUG